AUGCCUAGUCAUAGCUCCAAGCAGCGGGAUGUCGAAUUUCUCUCAGAUGGAAUCACUAUAAGAGGGAUAUUGCAGUUGCCCAAAGGUGAAUCACGCCAUCCUUUGGUUAUUCUAGGUCAUGGACUUGGUGCAUUGAAGGAGUGGACUCUUCCCGAGCUUGCCGGCGCUCUCGUUGAAGUCGGAAUAGCAGGACUUUGGUUUGACUACCGGAACACUGGUGACAGCGAUGGUGAACCACGGGAGGAAGUCGCUCAUAUCGGACGAAUUGAAGAUUGGCAGAAUGCGAUUAGUUACGCUACAACCCUGCCUGAGAUUGACGCACAACGUAUUGGGAUAUGGGGAACCAGCCUGGGCGGCCGGGAUGUUUUGGCGGUAGCGGGCAUGGACAAACGAGUCAAGGCUGUGGUGUCACAGACUCCAGUCAUCAAGUGGUCCUCCAUGACUGGUGCUCGAAUGGGUGGAUUUGGUGAUGACCUCGUGCGUUAUCAUCAAGAGUUGGCCGAGGACCGCACGAACAGACUCUUGGGUAAACCGGCCCGUUACAUUCCAUUUGUGAAGGAAGCCAACGACGAGGUGAAGAAAGCAUAUGUGGAACAGCUGAGUCAAGAAGAGACUCGCAAUUACAAAGGACGUCUGACCCUUCAAAGCUACAAACCAACAGUGUUCACUGAUGUCACACCCUUCAUCGAGAUGAUUGCACCAACUCCUCUUUUGUUCAUUCUCGCAGAGAAAGAUUUUAUACCUGGCCAGAGAGAGGCUUUCGAGACCGCAAAAGAUCCCAAAUUACUCGUCACUAUCCCAGGAGAUCACUUCUCACCGUACACAACUUCCAAGGCGGACUCUAUCAAACAUUCCAAGGAGUGGUUUGUAAAAUACCUAUGUUGA